AACACCAAGUGUUGACGGAAAUGAAACUGAAACUCAGCGACUGAGCAAUUUCAGGGAAAUUACCUGUCGUGAUAUUGCUUGUUGAUAUCUUUCCUGCAGCACUUUGACCCUCAGAGCACUGUACACACAGGACAGGACCAGGCUCACAGAGGACCCAGUGCAGCUCUUGCUGCUGCCCAGCCCACCAUGGACAUUCUUCUACUUGUCGCUGCAUUCCUCAUUGGAAUCAUGAUUAGACCUGCACUUGUAGCACUGGCAAGAGGUGAGACCAUCAACUUCUCCAUGAAUUUCAAGUAUUUUGGAUUCAGUCUCCGAAUUGGAGACUCUGCCAAGAUGUCCAAGAGGAAGCCAACUCCAGAGGAGGAACCCAAGGAGGAGACAAUUUCAGAUGAGGAAUCUGGGGAGGACACAACUCCUAGUGAUGAGCCCAAGAAGAAGACAAAUUCAGAUGAGAAAUCCUGGGAUGAGACAAAUCAUGGUGACAAGCCCAAGGAUGGGGAUUGUCCUGGGGGUGGUCCUGACAAUGGUCCUGACAAUGGUCCUGAUGGUGGUCCCAAGGAUGGGGAUAAUCCAGGGAGUAAUGGGAGUGUCAUUGGAGCUGUCGUUGGAACCACAGUGGGAGCAGGAGUGGCACUGGUUGGCCUCCCGGUGUGCCUCGGCGCGCUGGGGUUCACCGGGGCCGGCAUCGCCGCUGGCUCCGUCGCUGCCAAGAUGAUGUCGGCAGCUGCCAUCGCCAACGGCGGCGGAGUGGCUGCUGGCAGCACCGUGGCCGUGCUGCAGUCCAUCGGAGCUGCAGGUCUUUCUGCUGGUGCCAAAGUUGGGCUGACUUCUGCCCUGAGCUCAGCUGGUGCAGCAAUCGGUGCCUGGCUAUCCAAAGGGAAGAAACCAUCAAGUGACAAAUCUAAAAAAGGAUAAAAACCCAAGUGACAAACCCAAGAAAAAGUAACUCAGGUGACAAACACGAGGAGGAGACAACUGCAGACGAGCAACCCAAGAGAAGCCAAGCAGGUUCCUGAUCCCAGGGCCUUGCCAUGAACAAUUUCAGGUGCUGGAAAACCCCCACAGACCCUCAGAGCUUUGCCUCCCCUUUUAAAAGCUUUGGAUUCUUGUGAGCAGCGAUUUCCCUGAAGCCAAUAAAUGUGCUUUGCUGGCAGCAGA